ACCACGUGCAACACCUAGACUCCGUGGACGGUUGGAUGCGGCUUGAGGAAUACAGCGUCGCCGUUCGACGGCCGGGAUGCAGUACGAAGCUUGCCGCCGGUGUGGUUUGUUUGAGGCCCGUCAACGUCAAGUCGUGCGGCGUCGCCGGCUCGGCGCUUUGUUUCCAAUUCCACCCUUCUUCCUCGCACCGCGGCCGCCUCCGCAGCGUUUGAUGUCAAGAAGGCUCCUGCCCCGCAUCACCCCGCUCCCGCGCCGCCGCCGCCGCACCAGCCACAACCCGCCGAACCCACCCAUCACCCCGGCCCUCGCGCACGUCCUCGCCACCCGAUCCACCAACCCCACCUGGGCGCGCUCCCUCGCCGCGCUCCUCCCCUCUCCGCUCUCCGACGAGCGCCUCGUUGCCGCCGUCUCCUCCCUCGCCGACCCCGACCUCGCCCUCGCGCUUCUCUCCUGGUCCCAAACCCACCACCGCCAUGCGGGCCCCGCCGCCACACCUCUCGCCCACUCGGCGCUGCUCAGCCUUCUCGCCCGCUCCCGCCGCUUCGACGCCGUGGACGCCACGCUCCACUCCAUGUCCCUCGCGGGCGCUGCCGCGGCGCCCACGCGCGCCUGCCUCGGCGCGCUCGCUGCCGCCUACGCCGACGCCGGGAUGGACGGGAAGGCCGCCGAGAUGUGCGAGCUCACCAGGGAGCGGUACGGCAAGCUCCCUGAGGCGGCCCACUGCAACCGCGUGGUCAGGCGUCUCGUGGAGCGCCGGCGCUGGCAAGACGCCCGGAAGCUGUAUGACGAAAUGCUUUCUGAGGAGGGCGGCGCGGAUAAUUACAGCACCUGCGUGAUGGUCCGAGGGCUGUGCUUGGAAGGGCGAGUGGAGGAGGGGAAGAAGCUGAUUGAGGCGAGGUGGGGAGCGGGGUGCAUUCCGCAUGUUGUGUUCUACAAUGUGUUGAUCGAUGGGUAUUGCCAGCGUGGCGACAUGGGGAGGGGAUUGUUGCUGUUGGGUGAUAUGGAGACGAAGGGAUUCUUGCCAACCGUGGUGACAUAUGGAACUAUUAUUAAUUGGCUCGGGAGGAAAGGUGAUUUGGGGAAGAUUGGGAGUUUACUUUGGGAGAUGAGGAUGAGAGGAUUAUCCCCAAAUCUGCAGAUUUAUAACAUUGUUAUUGAUGCAUUGUGCAAAUGGCAGUCAGCAUCACAGGCAAUGGUUGUUCUGAAGCAAAUGUUUGCAAGUGGGUGUGAUCCGGAUAUCGUCACAUUUAAUACUUGGAUAUCAGCGUUUUGCCGGGAAGGGCAUGUUCGAAAGGCUGAGCGACUUUUGAGGGAGGCCAUUAAGAUGGAGCUGAAACCAAAUCAGUUAAGCUAUACUCCUUUGAUUCAUGGCUUCUGCAUCAGAAGAGAAGUAAUGGUUGCAUCGGAUUUGCUUGUCGAAAUGAUGGAAAAAGGACAUACUCCCGAUGUGGUCACAUUUGGAGCAUUAGUUCAUGGUCUUGUUGUUGCUGGGCAGGUCAAUGAGGCCUUGAUUGUCCGGGAAAAGAUGGUAGAGAGACAGGUGAUGCCUGAUGUUAACAUUUAUAAUGUAUUGAUUAGUGGUCUAUGCAAGAAACAGAUGCUUCCUGCCGCUAAGAACCUUCUUGCAGAGAUGCUUGAGAAAAAUGUCCAGCCUGAUAAGUUUGUGUACACCACUUUAAUUGAUGGUUUCGUUAGGAGUGAGAAUCUCAGUGACGCAAGGAAGAUAUUCGAAUUCAUGGAAGAAAAAGGUGUCUGCCCUGAUGUUGUUGGCUACAAUGCUAUGAUUAAAGGAUAUAGUCAGUUUGGAAAGAUGAAUGAGGCAAUUCUAUGCAUGAGCAGCAUGAGGAAGGUUGGGUGCACCCCAGAUGAAUUUACAUAUUCUACAGUAAUUGAUGGCUAUGCUAAACAAGGUAAUAUUAGUGCAGCCCUAAGGUUAUUAUGCGAUAUGAUGAAGCGGAGAUGCAAACCAAAUGUUGUUACAUACUCAUCACUAAUGACUGGCUACUGCAAGAUAGGUGAUACAGACAAAGCAGAAAAUUUAUUUGCAAAUAUGCAAUCUGAAGGUCUAUUUCCUAAUGUUAUACACUAUUCAAUUCUAAUUGGUAGUCUCUUUAAGAAAGAUAAAGGAAUCCAAGCUGCAGCGUACUUUGAACAUAUGCUGCUUAACCAUUGCUCUCCUAAUGAUAUUACAUUGCAUUAUUUAAUUAAUGGGCUAAAAAAUUGUAUGCCUUGUAUAAUCAACUUAAACUACAGCAGCACUGUUAAGGUUCACAACAAGAGUGCCCUUUUAGAUGUAUUUAAGGGAUUGGUUUCUGAUGGAUGGGACCCUAGGAUUUCAGCACACAAUGCUAUUAUCUUCAGCCUGUGUAGACAUAAUAUGCUUGGGAAGGCACUGGAGUUGAAGGAUAAGAUGGCUAACAAAGGCUACUUGCCAGACCCUAUCACCUUCCUUUCACUUCUUUAUGGCUUUUGUUCUGUUGGAAAACCAAGGAACUGGAGGAGCGUCCUUCCUAAUGAAUUUCAGCAGGAUGAAUUCGAGAUAAUUUUUAGGCACAAGACGUUAUUCGAUCAGCAUGCAGUUAAGCCAGUUAGCUGCGAAGUCUCUAGGGUUUUACAGUUAUAUGUUGAGGAGUUUCAGUCCCUACAACAACCAAAGCAGAGAUUUGCUGGUUCUUGACUCACGGAGGCAUGGUUUGCCUGGCUUUUGGAAUCAAGGUGUAGCUUUUAUUUGGAUUUUGACUUCAGAAACUGAAUACUGAGCAGAAUAGCAUGAUUUAAAAUGCCAAAGCAAAGUUGCUGACGGAGAAUUUCCUCCAGCACUGAUUUUCAAGACUGGCAGUGCUAUUAGCAAGACAAAAUACCCAGUAAAGAUCUUCCCUGAAGGCAUUGAAAUGCAAAAUGACAGAAUGAUCGGCUGUGAGGGAAUUAGGAUUGCAAGUGUUAAAGCUCAUGAACAUUGAAAUGCCUUGAUAACCAAAUCCAAUCAACUCUAUACUGCCCUUGGUAUUUACGCAUUGGGCUCCUGCCUCUCUCUCUCUCAUUGUUUUGCAGGUAAGCAAAUCGACCUGCUUCCUGAUAUCACUGAGAACUACUUUUUUCCCCUGUAGGGCAUUAGCUUAAUCAGAAGUUGCAUGUGCAGAUACUUCUGUAUAUAGUUGCUGACCAUACUGAGUUAUUGACCGUAUUACUCAUUAUCACGAGAGGCGCUAUGACAAACAGUUCAACGUUGUAUCAUCACUAGGCGUGUGUUUGGUUCACCAUACCUGGACUGGAUGGGAUCGCCCUGUCCAGCUUUUUGCUCUCGCCGGGUGUUUGGUUCACCGUCAAGGGCGGAUAUGGCCAUCCAUUCCAAGAGAAUAUUCGUUCCAAUCCUGGAUGACCUGAUCCGGCAAAAAAACCCGGCCGCCGCAGCUAGCGUUUGUCUGCCUGUGUUUCCGUGUUCAUGUUUUUCA